UUAAAAUAUGUAAUAGCUACAUGUGGUCACAUGUUUCAUUAAAAUAUAUAUGUGACGUCAUUUGAGAUAAGCAAAAUGCCGGCUGAUUUGACAAUGCCGCUAGACCGAACUCAUAACCCAGCCGUCAGUCGUCUACUGUAGCAUACCUACAUCGCAACCGGUUUGAAAUUCAAUCACAAACAUACAGAGAUCAGUCGUGUUUACACCUUACAUAGCAUCACAACGGUCAAACGCUACUGACUGAGUCAAAGGCUGACUGUACCCCAAAGUGCAGAUAGAGUGCUCCGGUGGCGAUUGCAUGUGAAUCAGUCUACGAAUCAGUGAACCUCUUCUAACAUGAGCAACGGAAAACAUCUGGCCAAGGGAUCAACCCCACCGGUACUGGGAAAUGACGGAAAACUCCGCCUUUACUCUAUGCGCUUUUGCCCGUACGCCCAGCGGGUACACCUAAUUCUAGAUGCGAAAAAUAUCGCCUACCAUACUAUCUACAUCAAUCUCAGCGAGAAACCGGAAUGGUAUUUCGAUAAGAAUCCACUGGGAAAGGUACCAGCCCUAGAAGUUCCCGGAAAGGAAAACAUCACCCUGUACGAGUCGCUCGUUGUGGCCGACUACAUCGAGGAAGCGUUUCCGGAUAAGCAAAGGAAGCUGUACCCCAGUGAUCCAUUCAAAAAGGCUCAAGACCGGAUACUGAUUGAACGCUUCAAUGGAGCAGUCAUUUCGCCUUACUACCGAAUCCUGUUCUCGAGCGAUGGCAUUCCCCCGGGUGCCAUUACCGAGUUCGGAAUCGGAUUGGAUAUUUUCGAGACAGAACUUAAGAAUCGUGGCACAUCGUACUACGGUGGCGACAAGCCAGGAAUGCUGGAUUACAUGAUCUGGCCGUGGUGCGAACGCGUGGAUUUGCUGAAAUUCGCUCUCGGAGAUAAGUACGAACUCGAUAAGCAGAGAUUUGGUAAAUUGUUGCAAUGGCGUGAUUUGAUGGAGAAAGACGAUGCGGUCCAGAAGUCAUUCCUGUCAACGGAGAAUCAUACCAAGUUUUUGCAGAGCAGGAAAUCCGGCGAGAACAACUAUGACAUCCUAUCAAAUAACGCCAAAAAGCUACGUGUAGAUUAACAAACCAAAACAAUGGGAUCCACCCCGAUAUUCGGAAGAAACAGUUCAUUAGAAUAUACACACUAGACAAUCUAACGUAAAUCUCGACUGAUUCCGGCUAAAUUGUAACAACCUGUACAUCACUUUUUACCAUUUUGACGUUACUGGAUUUCGGAUACUUAACUAACUCUUAGAGACGCAGUGAAUGAUAAAUAAAAAAGUUAUAUUUACCUUACUCUGAUAAGAAAA